AUCAACAUUUAAAAGGUUGCGAAGGUAUAAAAGAGAACCCCCAAAUUCAGAAAUCAAAUCACGCGGCCUAAUUCCUCUCCACCCUCGCUGCUCUCUCCAUCGCUGCUGCUCAACCUGCCUAUUGCUUCCGAAUUGCCAGCGCUCGUCGAAUUUGCUGGUUGGUGCUAGUGUUUUGAAUCUCUACAUCAACAUGGAUCCUAAGCACUCGGGAAACGUUCUCAAGCAUCUGGAGAAGCAAAAGGAACUCUUGAUGGAAGCAUACAGGUCGAUGUCUCAUGAACUUCGUGGAAUGCAGGUAGAGGAAGAAAUGUUAAUGCGCAAGUAUUAUGAGUUUAUGACUGCUCAAGAGAAGAAAACUAGUGCCGAUGUGAAAGAGAACGAGAACGAAGAACCUAGUGAAGCUGGAGCAUUGGUUGUUGCUAGCAAGGAAGAACAAUCAUGAGCCUUAUGGUUUAAUCAAGAAUGACUCUUCUCAAUCGUAAAGCAGUAUUACUUGUGCUGCAUAUAUAAUGAAAACAACAGAGUAUUAUGAUGUAACAGAUUAUAAUAGAUGGAUCCAAUUUAAUAAAUAUUAUAUUUAUAUUUUAUA